AUGGAUUUCAAUCUUUCAUCAUAUUUCAACGCGUUUGAUGUUGAUAAGGAUUAUCAAAUAGAGUUUUCUGAUGUGGAUUCAAAAUUAGAUGCUAUUACAGAUUCUUUGGCAAACAAUCCCGAAUCCCUAAAUUAUAACCAGGAAUUAUUAGAAGAUCUUGUUGAGUUGACACAUGGAUUUAGAGUGUUGGAGGAAAAAAAGCGUCAUCAGUUAGCAUAUCUUAUUACUUCUUCUUUAAAUGCUGUUGGACAAUCAUAUGAUAACGUAAUCCAGGCUGGUGAUUUUCUCGACAAUGUUGAUACUAUCAAGUCAACUUUAGAAAGAUAUGGCUAUUUGAUAUUUGUUCUUUUGAAGUAUCUCGGGAAAGAGGAUUUCUCACAGGUUGGCAAUGCAAGAUCACAGAAAGCUGUUCCUCGGGAAGUAUUGGCUAGAUGGAAAUCAAAUUGUACUGAAGUCGAGAAUGGUUUGACUGCAGUUAUAACUAUCUUGAACCUUGACUUGAGUAAAGUAUUUGUCACAACCCCUGAACGGGAUUCAUUUGUGGAAUUGUUUUCCAGACCGAUUAUUAAUUUGAUGGAAAGCCCAGAGAGAAUGAAGUUGGUACCUAUUAAAUUGUUGAUUUUCAAGGCCUUGUGCAUUGCUGUCACCAAACAUAAACAUGGAUCUAUGCUUCAGCACUCCAUCAUUCAAUGUCUCACGUAUUAUGCUCAUUUGCCACAGUAUAUGGCAGGAUUACUACAUACAUUGACAGAAAAAUACGAUUAUAUGGUUUUAACUGAAGAAAUAUUACGAGAGAUUUCCCAAACUCAUUUCAACUCAAAUGAUACCAACGGUCCGAAAGCAGUAUCUGAAUUUCUUAUCAAGUUGUCAGAGUUGAGUCCAAGGUUAAUUUUGCGUCAGAUGACAAGUAUCUCACAGUUAUUGGAUAAUAGUAAUCAAACAUUAAGAUGCUCGGUUGUGGAAGCAUGUGGUAACAUUGUUGUUGAUAUUCUAAAAAAUAGUACUAAAGAUCAAGGUGAAGAUGAAGAUGCAGAUUAUUAUAGACACCAGGUCGUCAAACUCUUGAAUUUGUUAGAAGAGAGAUUUUUGGACCAGAAUCCCUAUGUGCGUACAAAGGCAUUCCAAGCUUUGUCUAAAGUCGCUGAUCUAAAAGUCAAAUUAACUGAACGAAGACAGAAAAUGAUGAUGUUGGCUGUAAGGUCACUCGAAGAUAGAAGUACUUUGGUCAGAAGAAAUGCCAUUAAAUUGAUGUCUAAAUUAAUACUUAAUCACCAAUUUCAAGGUUCUCACGGAACACAGUUGGCAUUGACAUUCUGGAAACGAAAAUUAGACGAUGCCGAAGCGGAACUAAUGAAAUACAUACCUGCAGAUGCCCAACCUAGGACUGAACAAUCAGACUCCAGUGGUGUCGAAGAUAAUGGAAAUGAAUUGGAUAAAGUAGAGCAAGAGGAGGAUCUGAACGAAAGAGAAGAAACCAUUAAGGAAGGUGAACCAAUAAUGGACAUUGAUAAAGAGAAUGUUUCGGAAGAAGGUGAAGGUGAAGGUGAUAUUGUUGCCAACACAUCAUCUUUUAAUGAUAAUUUACCGGAUGCAACUGUCUUGGCAAGGGUUAAAUUAACUACCAACUAUUAUAAAGAUGCUGUGGAUUUUGUUGAAGCUGUCCAUCAUGGAACUGAAGUUAUUUCUGGGUUAUUAUUUUCUAAGAAUAGAAAUGAGGCGAUAGAUGCAAUGGAUUUCCUUGUUUUGGCAGAUGCUUACGGUAUCGAAAACUCGCACAUUGGUAUCAGAAAAAUGCUUCAUUUGGUUUGGAUGAAAGGGUCUUCUGAUGAAGGAAAAUCGGUACCUGCACAUUUAAUUGAUUGCUACAAGUCAUUGUUCUUGAUAGCUCCAGCUUCUGCCAGUAAGAUUGAGAAAGCUACUUAUAUUGCCAAGAAUUUAAUUGGUUUGACCUUGAAAGCUUCUGUAGCAGAUUUGGCUUCAUUAGAGAAGUUGUUGGGUCUUAUGUAUGCGGCAAUGAUGAUCAAUUUUGAAGUUAUUAACGUAUUGUGGCAAAUUUAUAACCUCAAUGAUCGCAGUGAGGAAGUGAGGAAACAGAAACGAGGAGCUAUCAUUAUUUUGGGGAUGCUUUCUCUUGAAGACAAUCAGAUUGCCGUUAAGGGCUUUGACUCCUUAUUGAAUAUUGGAUUGGGUGAGGAAGGUAAAGACGAUUUGAUCCUUGGUAGGUAUACGUGUAUUGCGUUACAACGUGUUAUAUCAGCAGACGCAAAGAAAAAUUCUACUGUGGUCAAAAUUCCAAGAGAAGAAGAAGCGAUAGCUAAAUUCAAACAAAUUUUAAUUGAUUAUAAUGAAAAUCCAGAAUGGUAUUCUAUUAGUGAAGAAGCAAUUGAUGCUAUUUUUCAACUAUCAUCAGAGCCUGACAGGGUUUGUUCAGAUGUUAUCAAAAGUAAAGCGAUUGCUGUUUUCGAUGACAGUAAAGCUUCCGUGGAGAAUCCGGGUAUUGCAUUGUCUCAGUUGCUAUUUAUUGCUGGGCAUGUUGCAAUCAAGACAAUUGUUUUUCUAGAGAAACUUGAAGGACAAUUCAAAAAGAAAAAGCAUGAAGCUGAAUCGAAAAAGGGUACUGGAAUUUCCAACAAUGGUGGUGCUGGUGGUGCUGGUAGUGCUGCUGCUGCUUCUGGUGGUGCUGCUGACACUCAAGAGGAAGCAAAUGAAGAGAACGAGUUGGAAAUGAUUGGAGGUACUUCCGAAGAUGAUUUUGCUGAUGCCGUCGUACAUGUCAAAGAACGAGAAUUACUCUAUGGUGAUUAUUCAUUAUUGGGAAGAUUUGGACCUUUAGUGAAAGAAAUUUGUGCACACCCUAAACAAUUUCCAAAUUUGAGGUUGCAACGCUCUGCUGUACUUUGUUUGGCUAAAUUGAUGUGUGUUUCAUCGAUCUAUUGUGAGGAGAAUUUGCCAUUAUUACUUCAAAUUAUGGAAAAAUCAGAUGAUCCUGUCACUCGAUGCAACUGUGUACUUGGUUUGGGAGAUGUGGCUGUUUGUUUUAACAAUAUUGUGGACGAAAAUACGGAAUACAUAUACAGUCGUCUUACCGAUGAGAAUAUUAUGGUGCAAAGAACAUGUUUGAUGACAGUCACAUUUUUGAUCCUUGCCGGUCAAGUGAAGGUAAAGGGUCAAUUGUCGUCUAUGGCCAAGUGUUUGGAAAAUCCAGAUCAAAGUAUAAGUGACAUGUGUAGAUUAUUCUUUGCAGAAUUGGCUACCAAAGACAAUGCAAUUUACAAUGGAUUCAUUGAUAUUUUCAGUGGGUUGUCUAAUGACCAAACCUUGGCCAAAGAUGAGAUGAAACGAAUUAUACGAUUCUUGGUCGGGUUUAUUGAUAAAGAAAAGCAUCAGAAGCAAUUGGCAGAAAAGUUGUUGGCAAGGUUACCAAAGUGUCAACUGGAAAAUCAAUGGCAAGAUGUGGCUUUUGUUUUACAAACUAUUCCUUACAAAAACGAUGCUAUUACUGCUGCCUUAGAAGAAGGUUUCACGUUGGUUCUGGCCAAGCAUUAG